CUGGGAGCGCAGAGCCGGAGUGAAGCCCCAGCGUUGCGCUGCCGUGGCUCCGUUUGGAGACGUCCUGCCGUGCGCCUCAGCCGCUCCGCCAACCUGCCUGUGCGUGUGCGGGAGUCCGAUCCACAACACAAGCCCAUGGAGGGAUGUCGCGAUGCUGUGCACAAGGAGAACUAAAACUUUGGUGUCGACAUGCGUGAUCCUGAGCGGCAUGACCAACAUCGUGUGUCUCCUGUACGUCGGCUGGAUCACCAACUACGUGGCCAACGGGGGUCCCAAAGUUGCGGAGAGCGGCGAGGCGGAGAGAAAGUUGGAGGAGGACAGCAAGGGGGAAACCCUGAGGAUUAUCGAGAGGCUGGACCGGCUGGAGAGCGUCGUCAAUGAGCACAUCAAAGAGACGCCUCAGAAGGAAGGUGAGGACGCGGCGUCUUCCUCGGACUCGGCCUCGGAUGCGGCCUCGUCGCUCUUCUCCCGCUGGGGUCACGACCUCGGCCCGGAGAGCCGCAGGGUCGCCCUCAAGAAGUUCCGUUACUACGGCUACAACGGUUACCUUAGUGACCGCAUCUCGCUCACACGCCCCAUCCCGGACUUCCGACCUGAUGGAUGCAGGAACAUGUCCUACUCCUCAGACCUCCCUCAGCUCAGCGUCAUCUUCAUCUUCGUCAACGAGGCCCUGUCGGUGUUGCUGCGCUCCGUGCACACGGCCAUCCAGAGGACUCCGGCGCACCUGCUCAAAGAGAUCGUACUGGUGGACGAUCACAGCGACAGCGUGGAGCUGAAGGAGCACCUGCAGAGCUUUGUGGAUGAAACCAACGCGCAGCACGGCCCAGGCUUCAUCAAGCUGGUCCGCCACCACAAGCAGGAGGGGCUGAUCAGGUCCAGAGUGAGCGGGUGGAGGGCUGCGUCCGCCCCCGUCGUCGCUCUGUUCGACGCCCACGUGGAGUUCAACACGGGAUGGGCAGAGCCCAUCCUGCAGAGGAUAAAGGAGGACAGGACGCGCGUGGUGUCGCCCUCCUUUGACAACAUCAAGUACGACACGUUUGAGAUCGAGGAGUACCCUCUGUCUGCUCAGGGCUUCGACUGGGAGCUGUGGUGCCGAUACCUCAACCCACCCAAGUCCUGGUGGACUCAGCAUAACCACACGGCCCCGAUCAGGAGCCCGGCUCUGAUUGGCUGCUUCGUGGUCGACAGGAAGUACUUUGAGGAGAUCGGCCUGCUGGAUGAAGGCAUGGAGAUCUAUGGGGGAGAGAACGUGGAGCUGGGCAUCAGGGUGUGGCAGUGUGGGGGGAGCGUGGAGGUCCUGCCCUGCUCCAGGAUCGCCCACAUCGAGCGAGCCCACAAGCCCUACACCGAGAACCUGACCGCCCAUGUGCGCCGCAACGCUCUGCGGGUGGCCGAGGUCUGGAUGGACCAGUACAAGAGCCACGUCUACAUGGCCUGGAACGUCCCCCAGCAGAAUUCAGGUGUGGACAUUGGGGACAUUUCGGAGAGGAAGGCCCUGAGAUCCAGACUCCACUGCCGGCCGUUCAGCUGGUUCCUGACCAACAUCUACCCGGAGCUGCGGUCCUACAGUGACACAAUCGCUUACGGAGUGCUGAAGAACAGCCUGAGAGAUGACCUGUGCUUGGACCAGGGACCGGACACGGACAACGCUCCCAUCAUGUAUCUCUGUCAUGGCAUGACGCCUCAGAACGUGUAUUACACCAGCUCCCAGCAGCUUCACCUGGGCGUGCUGAGCCCCACAAUCGAUGACGAUGACAACAAGUGCCUGGUGGAUGUUAACAGCAGACCCAGGCUGCUGGAGUGCAGCUACGCAGCUACCAAACACAUGAAGCUCACCUGGACCUUCACUCAGGGCGGCUCCAUCCAAAACAGCGAGACUCAGCGGUGCCUGGAGCUGGUGGAGAACAGACAAUCAGAGUUUAGCUUCCAACUGGCCAUUCAGGACUGCUCCGGCCAGAAAUGGACCAUCACUAACAUACUGACUGUCCUGCCGCAAUGACACACCUCGGCUCCCACAACACAUGUCUAGGCCAAGUGAGGAAUUGUGAAAUUGUGAAAAACCAAACUUCACCCUAGAUCAAAGAUGGACUGAUGCUGAAACCUUGACCGUCCUGCGAACGUCAAAAAACAACCAGAGAUGAGAUUUCUGGUGCGAGCAGGAGAGGAAAGGAAUCACAGUCUGGUUAAAAAUGGACUGACACCGAGAACUAAGUGUCCCUAAACGUAAGGAUCAAUACAGGAUGCGUCUUUAACGAGAUGCUGCGCAGGAGAAGACGCUCUUCAAUCAGACAUGGACGAUCAGUUACCUAAUAACCGUUUUAUAUCAAUGACCUGAGAGAAGAUAGACUCAUAGAAGGGGAAUUGACUAGAGUCAAGGCUCUUAAAGCUUCCCAACCUGCGACUGAGAUGAGAAAUACAGGUCAGUCGUUCCAGGAGACAGGCUCAUGAAAUCACAUAACUACUUUUUAUCACAGGGGUGCAUAGCAGAAACAGGCCUGUGAUGCAUUUUAGGUCCCCGGCCACAGUUUAAGAUAAUAGUGCCCCAAGUCAGUUUGACCGUCCCAGCACAAGCACCAUAACAAAUUGAGGGAGCAGGGGUUAAAUAUGUAUGUGCGCUGCAUUUUCAGAGGGAGAAGUGCAGGGUGUGCGAUUGCUCACAUCCUAGAAAAAUAUAGCAAUUUGCUGAUCCGAAUUCGCUCUGUUGCCCUAGUGGGGGCAAUUUGUUUUACAAACUGGGGAGUGCGGCAGACGAUUUGAGUGGUAUCUUAGGUUUGCCCGGCUGCUUUCUUUGUCAUUUCCAGCGGAGACAACAGGCAUGCAGUUGCCAUUAGACACCGCAUGCCUCUAAGAGCAGAUAGGCUGGAUGCUGUAGCUUUCCUCAGUAUCACACAAAAGGGAGAACUGUGACAGCGUAAUGGAGUGUAACCAAGAAGUCAUUUAUACUCGCACCUUGAUAGAAAUACUAUCCCUCAGCCAUUUCAGGAGUGUGCCGUGGAAUUAAUUUGAUCAGAAGCGUGGCCGUCUAUCACGCCGUCAAGCACAGGAUUUGUGGGUUGGAGACAGGGCAGAGACUCAUCUGGAAAAGAAGAUUUUAUAGUCCCUGAAUUGCUCCUGCGACACCAGCACAUGAUAAUAAAGAACUCUGACUCACGCAGCCAUCAGUAGAGUUAUGUGUUUUAGGCAGACCUGGGCCAAACAGGGGUUGAAUUUUCGGUGGUGACGUGCUCGUGUUGGGAAAGAUCAAGCACACGUCGAGUACUUUGUUAUCAGUACAAUGUUGCAAUCUCUUCUUGUCCAUGUCUGAUUCCAAGACAAGCACAUCAGUCUGCUAGCGAGGCAAAGCUUGUUCAGUUCAAGGGAGAUUUGCUGUCCUUUCACAUCUCAAGAGCAAGAACAGAACGGUGCAAAGCGAGAUCUUUGUUUUCAGAGGAUGACAAACAACCAAAAGCAGUGCAUGCAAUCCUGAAAUUCUACAAGGCAAUGCAUCCAAUGUUCAGAUCAUUUCAGUUUACCCCAUAGGUCCGCUGACCUCUACAGGUGCAACCAACAGCAUUGCCUUGUACCCCUUUUUCCACCAGAAAGCUCCAGGCCCAAAGUUCCCGGGUCUUGGCAGAUGGUUUUAGAAGCAAAGCGAGUUCCCUAAGUGUUUGUGUGUUUGUGUUCCCACCGUACCUCGAGAUCAGCAUGAUUAUUUACUAUGGUCCCGCUUUGAUGUUGCAUUUGGCUUUAGAGAGGAGACGUACCGAGGUUGGAAAUGAGAAUGAGGAUGGUAAAGCAAGAGCUGAGACGAGGAACCUUCUUUUAUGUCAAUCAACAGAAAUCAACUGUGUACUCGUCAAACAAUCUCAAGUUCAUUUAAAGCCAAAUAUCACUGUUUACAGUCUAGAAGGGCUUUAUAUGCCUACAAGUUUGCAAGAAAUGAAACAGGAUGACACCCCCUGACUUAA